AUGUCAGCUCUGCCCUGUGAUGGACUGGUGUUCUGUCCAGUGUUUUACACCACUUCAUGCUACAUACAACAGCUGUUGGUGAAUAAAGCAGAUGUUCUUCUUGAGCAGCAGGAAGAGAAUCAUAGUGUGGACCAAAAGGACUCUGAAGCUCCAAACAUUAAAGAGGAACAGGAGGAGCUCUGGAAUGAAGAUGGUGCAAAAAUACAGUCAUCCCAGCUUCAAAGCCAAAGAGAUCAGAGCACAGAAGUGGAGUUUCUUUCCAGUAUCUCAACUCCACAGAGAACACGGAAAAUAAAAGCUAAAGGAGAGGACUGUGGAGGACCAGAACCAGCCAGCAACUCAGAUCCAUGUAGUCAUUUACAACCACAUACUGAUGACAUGCAGCAGUUGUUGUUUAAAGAAGAAAUUCUCUCUGAACAGCAAGAUUGGAAUGUUAUUGUUGACCAGGAGGACAUUAAAGAUGAUGAAGAGAAACUCUGGAUCAGUCAACAGCUGGAGGAGGCUGAUGUCACUGAUUUACCUUCAACCGCUGUCCCUGUGAAAAGUGAAAAUGAGGAUGAAAAACCACAAUCAUCACAGGUUAACACAGAGGUUGAGCCUGUAGCCAGCAGCUCAACUACACACAGAACACUGCUGAUAGCACAAGCUGUUGGAGAGGACUAUGGUGGGUCACGUCCAGCUAGCAUCCCAAGUCCAAAUAGUUAUUUACAACCAGGUACCACUGGUAGGAGCUCAGAAGGUUCUAAAACUGAAACAAAUAUCAGCUGUGAAUGGAAACAGACCAACGAACUUCAUUCAGGUUUUAACUGUCAGACAAAUAACAAUGACUCUGUUUAUCAUAGCAGGUGCAAUGUUACUGAGAAACACUUUAAUUCCUGUCAUUGUGGUAAACCAUGUGGCCAGUUGAACAAUGAGGAUGUCUACAUUGUCUGGUGA